AUGCUUCGCUUGCUUGGGCAUGCUCAAGCUGCAAAAUGCUUUUAUCUAGCACGGGGCGCACGUCUAUUUGUUCGUCGAUAUUCGGCAAACCCAACCUUCGUUGCACCACGGCUACCAGGAGCGGUGCAACUUCGACCCUACCAAGAAACGUGUCUGCAAGCAUGUCUCGAGACACUUCGUGACAAGGACUCGACUCGUAUUGGUAUUUCACUUCCGACAGGUUCAGGGAAGACAACUGUCUUUGUCUCUCUUAUUUCCAUGCUCCAGCCACCACCUUCGAGUCCAAAUGCAGUUCGAGCGUUGAUCAUCGUGAACAGCGUGGAACUCGCGAGACAGGCCGCUGAACAGGUUGGGAGGAUGUUCCCGGAGCUGAGCGUGGAGAUAGACCAAGGCACAAAACAUAAGGCAUCUGGGUUAGCUGACGUUACUGUCGCGACAUACCAGAGUCUUCUAAGGAAUACCAGGCUCGAAAAGUUUGAUCCCAAUAGACUGAAAUGCAUCAUUGUUGACGAAGCACAUCAUGCGGCGGCUCCUUCGUACCGCAAGAUACUCUCCCACUUUGACCCGAACAUCCGAAAUCCGGACGUAGACUUCGUUGCUCCGAAACUUCCACAUGCUAUACCAAUAAUUGGGUUCUCAGCGACAUUUAGCCGACAUGAUGGUCUUGCGCUUGGUUCGGUCUUUCAGCGUAUCGUUUACCACCGCGAUUUCUUGGAGAUGAUCAAGGAGCAAUGGCUGUGUAACGUCCGCUUCACUUCAGUCAAGGCCAAACUGAACCUGAGCGAAGUCACGAUAAACACCCGUUCCGGAGAAUUCAAUCCAACGAGUCUGGCACACGUCGUAAACACCGAAACCGUCAACAAGCUAGUGGUCAACAGUUGGCUUGACCUAGCGGCGUCCCGACGCUCGACGCUCGUGUUCUGCGUGAAUCUUGCCCACCUUCGGGAACUCACAAACACUUUCCGUGAGGCUGGCAUUGACGCAAGAUAUGUCUAUGCCAACACUCCAGCGAAUGAACGGAAAGCAUUGGUCGAAGCUUUCAAGGCUGGCAAAUUCCCGGUGCUUCUCAAUGUGGCCAUCCUGACAGAAGGAGCUGAUAUACCGAAUAUUGACUGUGUUGUCGUCGCAAAACCAACGCGAUCAAGGAACGUCUUUGCUCAAAUGAUCGGGAGAGGCAUGAGAUUGUCUCCUGCAACAGGGAAAGAAGACUGCCACAUCAUAGAUUUCGUCGAUAGCACCAAUCGAGUCCCCGGAAUCGUUUCUACACCAACGCUUUUCGGUCUUAAUCCAGAUGAAAUUAUAGACGGUCAAACACCAGAAGAACUCGAAAAGCGCGCAGCGGCGCUAAUCGGCGAGGCAGACAAGUUCGACAGUGACGACGUACCAGAUCCGGGAUCCAUCACAUACAUCGACUACGAUAACCCUUUUGACCUUGUACAGGACGCCUCAGGUGCCCCGCAUAUUACGAAGAUCUCACGAUUUGCAUGGGUAGGAUGUGGUGGAGAUGUCUACGUCCUCGAGUGCAUGGGAAAGGGAUAUAUCAAAAUCCAACCUGACGUCGACGAAGAUGGGGAAGAAAUGCUAUCUGCUCACUAUGUCGAACCCAUACCCGAAUGGGAGUUGCAAGGUCGCUUCCAAAGAUCACGAUUUAGGAGACCAAGACUCGUGUUAACAGCCAGGACCUUGGACGAAGCGGUUCGCGGAUGUGACAAAUACGCUACUACGAAAAUAUUACGGGGAAACCUUGCCUUAGGACUUCACAGGACAGCAAACUGGCGAAAGGGACCGGCAUCAUCAAGCCAGACGACGAUGCUCAAAAAGCGCCUGAACACGUCCAAGGGUGGUGAUAAGCUCGGUCAAUCAAUCGACGUUGACAACUUAACGAAAGGUCAAGCCGCGAACUUGAUUACUAGACUCAAACAUGGUGCACAGGUAAGGAAUCAAGAAGUUCAUUUCCAUUGUUAA